AAUCCAGGUGGUCUACUCUUUUGGUUUCUUUCCCUUUGCUUUUUUUUUUCUUGGGGGGGGGGGGGUGUUACCAAUCCCUCGAGUAUCAAAUAAAACCAGUCUCUCCUCCAAGCUAUUUGGUCACAGCUGCUGCAACAAUGGCAGCUCCUACUUCAUCAAACCUCAAGUGUUUCAAAUUCAUUUUCAUUGCCAUAUUCUGCUGCAACGUUAACUCAGGGAAUUCUCAGAAUUUCCCCGCACAAUCCCUUGCAAAAGCGUUCUUUUGUUUCAACAACAAAUAUAUUUAUACUGGCUGCGACGAGGCUUAUAGAUUGAAUGAGAGUGGUAACCUUAACGUACCACGUGAAGCUACUGACAUCUUCUGCAAUGGACCUUGCUUUGCUGAGACACAGUUAGUGCUUAAAUGUGUUGACAACAUUUUAUCAGACUUCAUAUUUUAUAACAAGGCCACCAUUGGAGACGUCACAAAUGUACUCCAUGCUGGUUGCAGCUACACAAACAGAAGAGGGAAUUUCGAUGUGGGAGAUUAUUUUCAGGGUGAAAUAAGCGAGGCACCAAGAUUGCGCAGCUUUAUCAUCAGCUUGUCUACAUUAACACUAAUCAUUGGCUCUUUUAUGUUUUAGUCUUAUAUCUGCUCUACGGCGAAUUGGCAUUGUAUAACAUGCAUUAUUUCUAAUAUAUAUACACAUACUGGCGGUUCUUUCCAAGUUAUAUGAACAAUAAAAUAGAUUUUGUCUGA